CCGAUUUGAUCCACUUUUGGGGAAGAAAAAAAGAAAAGUGUGGCGCCCUCACGCUUCUGCCAGCCGGUCCGACGACGUAAGUCCGAGUCCCGGAUCUGCUCGCGGUCGACGCGAGCGGCUCUGCUGCCGGUCCCAGUCCGGUUCUUGGCCUCGGCAUGCGCAGCGGCCGCGUGGUGCGCCUGCUGGUGGCGCUGUUGUGCGCGGAAGUGUCCGCGGCGGUGGUUGGCGUGGACGGGGAUUCUGAGGAAUCCGCGGAGGUGAUCCCCGAGCUGCUGACGGCGCCCGGCCACCCGGACCGCCUGCUGGUGUCGCUGGCGGCGUUCGGCCGGAACCUCCGGCUCGACGUCAGCAGAAGCGGCGGCCUGCUGGGGAGUCACCUGCUGGUGGAGGAACGACGGGCCGCCGGGCGAGCCGCCGGCGUGCGAGUGGAGCGCGACCAGCUCUGCCUCUACUCGGGCUCCGUUCUGGAGCGACCCGGCUCGUCGGUGUCCGUCACGGCCUGCGGAGGCCUGACAGGCCUGGUGCAUGUGGACGGCGAAGUUCUUUUGGUGCGGCCGCUGGAGGGGGACGAGCGGCAGCGGCGACAGAACACCACUUCCCCGGGGUGGCUCUCGGGAAUCAAACAUGGGCUUCUGCGCCGCCGCCGGCGCCGGUAUGGUCGGGACGCCGCUGACGCAGCGGAAUGGCCAGAUGAGAAGAAGCGGGCCGCUUCCGAGGCGAGCGAGGACGGUCGAGGCAGGCGCGCGGCCGUGGGCGCCCGGGACGCCUACACGCUGGAAACGCUGCUGGUGGCCGACUCCAGCAUGGUCCGCUACCACGGAGCCGACGCCGCCAAGAGGUUCUUGUUGACCGUCAUGAACAUGGUGUACAACAUGUUCCAGCACCAAAGUCUGGGCGUGAGGAUCAACAUCCGGGUCACAAAGUUGGUUCUGCUCCACAGCCGCCCCGAGAAGCUGAAGGUGGGCCACCACGGCCAGCGCUCCCUGGAGAGCUUCUGCCACUGGCAGCAGCAAGAGUUCGGAGGGCCGCCGCCACGCUACCCGGGGAGCAACCGCCUUCCCGGAGGACGCCAUCAAGUCCCGCCCGUGGACGCCGCCGUGCUGGUCACCAGGACAGACUUCUGCGUGCAUAAGGAGGAACCGUGUGAUACCGUUGGUAUGGCCUACCUGGGCGGCGCGUGCAGCGCCAAACGCAAAUGCGUGCUGGCCGAGGACAACGGCCUCAACUUGGCCUUCACGGUGGCGCACGAGCUGGGACACAACAUGGGUAUGAGCCACGACGACGAGCACGCCUCCUGCAGCGGCCGCGCCUACAUCAUGUCCGGCGAGUGGCUGAAGGGACGCAACCCUAGCGACCUGUCCUGGUCGCCCUGCAGCCGCGACGACCUUGGCAAGUUCCUCGGGUCCAAGUCCAGCGGCUGUCUGGUGCACACGGAGCCCGGGAGUCGCUACCAGCUGCGCCUCCCUCACAAGCUGCCCGGGAUGCAUUACAGCGCGGACGAGCAGUGUCAGAUCCUCUUUGGAACCAACGCCACCUUCUGCUCCGACAUGGAGCAUCUGAUGUGCGCCGGCUUGUGGUGCCUGGUGGGCGGCGAUGCCUCCUGCAAGACCAAAUUGGACCCUCCCCUGGACGGGACUCAGUGUGGACCGGACAAGUGGUGCCGCGCAGGGCAGUGCGUGAGUAAGACCCCGAUCCCACAGCACGUGGACGGUGACUGGAGUCCUUGGAGCCCGUGGAGCAUGUGCAGUCGCACCUGCGCCACCGGAGUCCAGUUCAGACAGAGGAAGUGCGACAACCCCCCGCCCGGUCCGGGCGGACAUCCCUGCCAGAAGGGCAGCGUGGAGCACAAAGCCUGCGAAGGUCCUCCGUGCCCAAAGGGAGCGCCGAGCUUCAGAGACCUUCAGUGUUUGUCCUACGACCGGCACGCCGGCAAGACCAAGAGCGAUGUGCUAACUGCCGUCGUCAACGACGAGAAACCUUGCGUGUUGUUCUGCACUCCGGUGGGUCGCGACGUGGCCGUGCUGAUGGCGGAGAGGGUGGUGGACGGGACGCCGUGCGGACCCUACGAGGCCGACCUGUGCGUCAACGGCAGGUGUCAGAAAAUCGGCUGCGACGGCGUCAUCGGGUCUCCGUCCAAAGAAGACGCUUGCGGCGUUUGUAACGGGGACGGCCGAUCGUGUACCGUCGUCAGGGGAGACUUCAACCGCAGCGGAGGCAUGGGCUACGUGGAGGCGGUUGUCAUUCCUGCCGGAGCGCAAAGGAUCAAAGUGGUGGAGGACAAACCUUCGCACAGCUUUCUGGCCCUGAAGGACGGCACCGGCGGCACCGGCAAGUCCAUCAACAGCGACUGGAAGAUUGAACUGCCGGGAGAAUUCCACGUGGCCGGCACCACCGUCAGAUACGUCAGGAGAGGACUGUGGGAAAAAAUGUCGGCCAGGGGCCCCACGCGCGCCCCGCUGCACCUCAUGGUGCUUCUGUUCCACGACCAGACGUACGGCAUUCGCUACGAGUACACCUUGGCCCUCAACGCAUCGCAACGGCGCAAACCCUCGCAAGCGCCGCCGCCGCCGCCGCCGCCGCAGCACCAUGACGACGACGACGACGACGACAAGGCAACAAUGCAGCAGCGUGUCUACAUCUGGAUGCACAGCAGCUGGAAGGCCUGCACAGCGCAAUGCGGAGGAGGCGAGAGGAGGACGACGGUGUCGUGCGCCCGUCUGGCCAACCAGUCCACGGAGGCGGUGGACCAUUCUUUCUGUCGGCCCGACCGUCGGCCGCCGCCGCGAGUCGAGCUGUGCAACCCUCAAGCCUGCCUCUACCGGUGGCUGGCAGGCCAGUGGGGCCCGUGCUCGGCCACGUGCGGCCCUGGCACGCAGCGGCGCCGCGUGGCCUGCGCGCAGCAGCCCCGCAACGCGUCGUGGGAAGAGGACAACGGUGGCGACGGCGGAGACGACGGUGAUGGCAUGGGCCGCUGCCCGGGGCCCCGCCCGCCGACCCUGCAGACCUGUGAGGGCCGCCUCUGCCUCAGUGUCUGGGAAGCCUCCGAGUGGUCACAGUGCUCGGAGGGCUGCGGCACGGGCCAGCGCAACCGCAACGUCACGUGCGGCCACGCCGCCGCCGGAGGGCGCUGCGAUGCGCUGACGCGGCCCGCCCACCAGGAACCCUGCCAGGACCACUCGCGCUGCUUCGAGUGGAAGACGGCCCAAUGGUCCAAGUGCUCGUCCUCGUGCGGGCGGGGCCUGCAGUCACGAGCGGUUCAAUGCAUGCACAAAGUGACGGGUCGCCACGGGGACGCGUGCCCGCCAGGCGCGCGCCCGCCCACCUAUCGGCCGUGCCGGGCCGAGGGAGACUGCCGGCGUGAGGGCCACCGCGUGGACGGCAACACCAUCACCUCACCCAGGCUGGCCGCCCUGACGUACAAGUGCUCCGGCGACCAGUGGCCCGUGUACUGCCACGUGAUCCGCGAGAAGAACCUCUGCCGGGACAUGCGCUGGUACCAACGCUGCUGCCAGACAUGCAGAGACUUUUACGCUGGCGGGACCUCACCGGCGGCGGCGGCGCCCGGUCCGAGUGACGGAAGGUGAUGGAGAGAAAAUCCAAAGACUUGCAAAUGCUCACUAGCUCUGUUUUCUUUGACAAUCAAAAGCCAAAGCAGGAGGCCAUCCGGCACGCAGCAGUCUGCUUCUGCUUCGGGUUUUUUCUUCCUACCCAUUGCCAUUCUUUCUUUUCUAUUUGAAUCCUAAUCAUAGCAGCGCGUGUGACUGAUGGCCAGUCAGCCAGCGGGUCGGUCGGUCUAUUGCAGUGUGCUCUCGUCCACCUCCAUCAGCAGUGGGAAGGGCUGGACUCACCUCGUAAGGCUUCCUUCCGCUUCCAAUGUGUAAAGCCACUGACAAAAGUGAAGGAAGGAAAGAAACAAAACAAAGCAAAGCACCGUUGACGAGACAAACGGCAAGAGCCAACCGAGCGGCCAAAAUGCGAGUAGCUUUUCAGACAGCUGGCCCGGCCAAAGUUUGCCCAACGGAUGAGUGUGUAGUGUCAGCAGCACCGCCGCGUCAUCAGUUGGCUCCUGCCCAACCUCCCUCCCUCCCUCCCUCCUUGAGCAAGAGUGCUCAGGUCAAAGGUGCUAUCUUAUUUUUCUUUUACCGUCAUUAUUCUUGUGGUGGUUGUUGUUGUGAUUAUUGAACACAUUGAUGAAGGUUUUGUCACUAGUCACUCAGUCGGCUGGCUGCCAUUUUGUGUACUCGGCAUACGUGCGUCGCGGUGCUCUACACAAUAAAUGUUGUCGAGCUGCCA